UACUAGACGCAAUCCCAAAAUGUAUGAGUUCCUACUCUGUCGGACCAACUUGCAAAGGUUCGUGUAUAAGUUGACUGCCUUGUUUUCUCUUUACAAGAACUCCUAAAACACUGCAAUGGCAGCUCGUAGCCAUGUACGCCUUCUCGUCAAAUUGAUGAUCAUUGCCAUUGCUUCACUUGAACGAGCCGCGCUUUGCCGAGCAAAGACGGGGCAAUGGCAGCUUCUUUUGAACAGUACGGGAGUGGUGGCUAUGCACAUGGCGGUGACUCACCUCAAUACAGUCAUUAUGUUCGACCAAACUGGCGCUGGCCCAUCCAGCUACCGUCUCCGCAGGAGCUCCGCAAGUGGAAGAAGGUGCGUGGAUGAUUCUUCUGAAGAGUCGUGCUACGCUCACUCUGUUGAAUAUGACAUUUCUAGCAAUAACAUCCGAGCUAUGAGGCUCGAGACCGAUACCUGGUGCUCCUCGGGUUCUUUCUUGAGAGACGGAACACUUCUCCAAACCGGUGGAUAUGGCAACGGCUCUCGAAGAAUCCGACAUUUCAGGCCUUGUCGGGAUGGCCGCUGCGAUUGGGUGCAAUCGGAGACGGCCAUGUCCUCAAGAAGAUGGUAUGCUUCCAAUCAAAUACUCCCCGAGAACGGUGGGGUCCUCGUAGUGGGCGGAAGAAGAGUCUUCUCCUACGAAUUCGUACCCAAGUUGUCAUCCACGGACGAGUCUCAUGAUCUGCCCUUCUUGCACCAAACAUAUGACAGAAAUGGAGGAGAGAACAAUCUAUAUCCGUUCCUCCACCUUUCUUCUGAUGGCAACUUGUUUAUUUUCGCCAACCGAGAUUCGAUCCUUUUCGACUAUAAGCGAGACAAGGUGGUCAAAAAGUUCCCCCAGAUUCCGGGAAAAGGGUCGAGGAGCUACCCAAGCUCAGGUUCGUCUGUGAUCUUCCCCUUGGAGCACGGCAACAAAUUCUGCAAGGUCGAAGUGAUGGUGUGUGGGGGUGCGGCAACGGGAGCUCAUAGAGCAGCGGGACACGGCAAGUUCUUGAAGGGACUACAAAGCUGUGGCAGAAUGGUGAUAACGGGAGACGAGCACAAGUGGAAGAUGGAAGACAUGCCGGGGCCGCGCCUUAUGAACGACAUGAUAAUCCUUCCCAUGGGCCACGUCCUGAUCAUCAAUGGCGCUCAGCGAGGGAGUGCCGGGUGGAACAAUGCGGCGGGUCCUUCCCUCGUGCCGUACCUCUACAAGCCGAAGAAGAAACCCGGAAGCAGGUUUUCAAUGCUCAAGUCUGCUAAGAUAGCUAGACUUUAUCACUCCUCUGCAAGUCUCCUCCCUGACGGGAGGAUUUUGGUUGCCGGAGGGAAUCCAAACCAGCAAUACAUGUUCGAAAACGUGACUUACCCUACCGAACUCAGGUUACAAGCGUUUAUCCCGAACUACAUGGACAGAAAAUAUCAUAAAUACCGGCCAGAAAAUCUCACAGUAGAAACCCAGGGCGAUCGCAGUGUCAAGUAUGGGGAAGACUUCACAGUUCGGUUCUGGUUGGGGAGGAGGCCGAGCAAAGCGGUCGAGUUUAGCGUCUAUGCCCCACCCUUCACGACACAUUCCUUAUCGAUGAAUCAGAGGCUGCUGAAACUUUCUAGCAAGAACAUGGUCAGAGAUGCAGCGAAGGGGUGGGUGAACAUCACCGUCAAAGCCCCUCCAUCUCCUAAUGUCGCGCCGCCGGGCUAUUACAUGCUCACAGUCGUUAAUGGAGGGAUUCCUAGCACAUCUCAGUGGAUCAGAUUCAUACAUGCUUAGAAGUUCUCUUCAGAUUUCAUGUUGUCUUAAAACUAUCACAGCACUCCAUGUCCAAAUAAGGUCAUGAAAGAUAUUUCUUUCUUUGUU